GAACUGGUACAGACAGCGAGCGAGCGAGCCAGCGAGCUGAUCUGUCAUAGCGAGCACAGAGAGAGAGAGAGGGGGAGGUAGUUGAUCGGCGAUAGCGAGCAGGAGAGCGAUGGCGUUAGGGAGAGCGACGGCGUCUUCGAGGACACUGGCGAAAUCCCUGCCCCUGCUCAGUCGCCUUCCGAAGCUCUCCGGCGCUCAGCCUCGUUCGGCCCGAGCCCUAGGCUUCGUCAGGGCCUUCUCCGCCCUCGUGUCGCCGCCGUCCAAGGCGGUGGUGUACGAGCAGCAAGGCUCCCCGGACGCCGUCACCAGAGUGGUCGAGGUUCCGCCGGUUUUGGUGAAGGAGAACGACGUGUGCGCCCGAAUGCUCGCCGCGCCUAUCAAUCCUUCCGACAUUAACAGCAUCGAAGGUGUGUAUCCGGUGAGGCCACAAGUGCCUGCUGUCGGAGGACGCGAAGGAGUUGGCAAAGUACACUUAGUUGGCUCUGCAGUGAAGGAUCUUUCUCCUGGCGAUUGGGUCAUUCCAUCUCCACUCUCUUUUGGGACAUGGCAGACUUACAUCGUGAAGGAUCGGAGUGUGUGGCAAAAAAUUGAUAAGGAUUCUCCUAUUGAAUAUGCCUCAACAAUUUCAAUUAAUCCUCCGACCGCUUUGAGAAUGCUCGAAGACUUCACCUCUUUGGAACCAGGGGAUUCUAUUGUGCAAAAUGGGGCUACAAGUAUGGUGGGUCGGUGCGUCAUCCAAAUUGCGAAAUCCCGCAGCAUUCGUAGUAUCAACAUAAUCAGGGACAGAGCUGGCUCUGAUGAAGCAAAAGAGACAUUGAAGAAACUUGGUGCCGACGAAGUGUUCACUGAGAGCCAAUUAGAAGUAAAGAAUGUCAAGAGUCUACUGGGUGAUCUAAAAGAACCUGCCCUUGGAUUAAACUGUGUUGGUGGCAAUGCUGCUUCCUUGGUGAUGAAAUUUUUGAGGCAGGGAGGAACCAUGGUGACAUAUGGUGGGAUGUCUAAGAAGCCAAUUACAGUGUCAACUUCAUCUUUUAUCUUCAAGGAUCUUUCGUUGAGGGGAUUUUGGCUGCAUAAAUGGUUAAGUUCAAAUGAUAUAACAGAGUGCAGAAGAAUGAUAGAUCACUUGCUGGAACUAGUGCGUAAUGGGAAGUUAAAAUACGAGACGGAGCUGGUUCCUUUUAGCGAUUUCCACAUUGCACUGGAUAAAUCACUCGGGAAACUCGGAAGCCAUCCUAAGCAAGUCCUAAAGUUCUAAGGCUACUGAAUACUAAGGGCGGUGAAAAGAUGGAAAAUUUCUGCGUCAUAUGCUUCAGACUAUCAGUUUGUUCUGAAGUUCAGAUGUGCUGGUUCAACCGUACACAAUAACUAUGUAUCGUUUCCGUCAUUAUUGAUUUCUCUUCUGAUAAGUUACACAUCUUUUCUGUUGAGGUCCCUUUUUGUUGCUGCUUAUUUUCAGCAAUUACCAUUCUGAAUUUGUGUUGCAUCG